AUGACAGAUUACCGCCAUCAUGCACGUUCUCGUUCUCCCUUGUCCGCCGAUGAGGGACAAAUACGUGAACAUGCUUCGAAGCGUCAGUCAGGGGCAUUGAGUCCGUAUAGGGUGCUGGAGAGGCCAAAUGCUGUGAGGGGUGAGGUGGCACUGCCGUAUGAUGGCGAAGAACCGGCAUACAAACGACACCGUGUUGAGGGCCGCUCCCCUUCUCAGACGCGGUCAAGGUCCCGCAGUAGACGACGUGAUAGGUCGCGGGAUCGUCGGGAUACACGCUCCCACCGUGUCCACUACGACCGCUACGACGACCGCGGAUACCACGACAGAAGAGACAGAGACACCCGCCGAGGUAGCUACGAUCGGGAUGAAGAGACGUACCGUAGAGAUAGACGCUCAAAGACUCGUUCCAGAACUCCGCCUCGUAUGAGGAUUCGUUCACCACAGGUGGCUCUGGGUGAUGUGAGCAUGAGUCCGCAGACAGGCAAGAACUAUCCAAAAGGAGUCGUGGACAUGGAUAAAUAUGAGAACAGGAACAGAGAUGGAUCUCACGUUAGGUCGGACAAUGCAGGAAACCUUCAUAGCAGUGACUCCAUAGCGAAGGCUGCUGAGCCCGAGCCGGAACCUGAGAUUAAUCUUGAUGUCGCACCUGUUGACGAAGAAGCCAUCAUCGAGGAACGUCGGCGAAGGCGUGAAGCUAUUCUGGCUAAGUACAAGGGUGUUAAUACACCUUCGGGCCCAGCAACUUCAGCUCCGACUACGCCCGCCGCUCCGUUGGUACCUACGACGCCUGUUUCGGCGGUCGUUAAUGUACAAGGCACCCCGCGUACCCCCCAACCUACCGCAGACGAAGCCGACAUCUUCGACUUCUCAAACGCCGCCACGCUCACCAAACAACCCACAACCGGCGACGAAGAUGGUCCUUCUGCGGUAGACUACGACGCUACGGCGGAUAAGAAGAGUGAGGAGCGACAUCAUGCGCCGGCUACGGUGCAGGAAGUUAAGGCGGGGGCGUAUGAUGAGACGAAGGUGGAGCAGCAGGAUCAGGUGGUGGUGGUACCCAAGGACUCGAUGGAAAAGGAGGAGUUUGAUAUGUUCGCGGAUGAGGGUGACAUGUUUGCUGAUCCCGCUCCGAAAUCCGCGGCGGAUGGGACGACGAAGGCUGUACCGGUGCAGGCUGCGGCGAGGCAGUUGCAUGAAUCAAUGUUGGAUACGUGGGAUGAUACCGAGGGCUACUACCGUAUCAUUCCUGGCGAGUUGCUCGAGAACAGGUAUGUUGUGCAAUCGAGUGCGGGGAAGGGAAUGUUCUCUGGUGUCGCGAAGGCUACGGAUACGCAGACGAAUCAAACUGUUGCUGUCAAGUUUAUCCGUAAUAACGAGAGUAUGCGAAAAGCCGGAAUGAAGGAAAUCGCUAUCCUCAAGAAACUUAACGACGCCGACCCUGAAGGCCGGAAACAUAUCAUCAAGCUCGAGCGCUGGUUCGAGCACAAAGGUCAUCUAUGUAUGGUCUUCGAGGGAAUGAGCAUGAACCUCCGCGAUGUCCUCAAGAAGUUCGGUAGAGACAUUGGCAUAAACCUCCGCGCCGUCCGUGCCUAUGCCCACCAAAUGUUCCUCGCUCUCUCCCUCCUGCGCAAAACGAACAUCCUUCACGCCGACAUCAAACCCGAUAACAUGCUCGUCAACGACGCUCGCAAUAUCCUCAAAAUUUGCGAUCUCGGAUCGGCGUGUGAGGCAAGUGAGAAUGAUAUAACCCCGUAUCUGGUAUCGAGGUUUUAUCGCGCGCCCGAGAUUAUCUUGGGGGUGGAAUAUGGGUUUGGGGUUGAUGUGUGGAGUAUUGGGUGCAGUUUGUACGAGAUGUAUACCGGGAAGAUUCUGUUUCCGGGGAGGAGUAACAAUCAAAUGUUGAGGGUUAUGAUGGAGCUCAAGGGACGGUUUCCCAAAUCUGUCCUGAAAAAGGGGGAGUUCACACCUCAGCAUUUCGACGAACAAUUCGUGUUCUUAUCACAGGAGAAAGAAAAGUUAACGGGCAAGGACACGGUUAAACCCAUCGCAUUCGUCAAGCCAACGAAGGAUUUGAAGACGAGGUUGAUGGUGCCGGGCAUGAAGGAUGAGGAGAAGAAGUUGGUGACGAUAUUUGUGGAUUUGUUGGAGAAGUGUUUGGAGUUGAAUCCGGAGAGGAGGAUUAUGGCUGUGGAUGCAUUGCGGCAUCCGUUUAUUACGGGAAAGUAUUAG